CAUGCGUCGUGCGUUAAGAAUUUGUGAUCCAACACAAAAAUCAUCAAAUUUCUACUUCUACACGGAUAAUGUAGAUUAUGAGACCUUAAAUGUCAUGGUAUUUAGUCGUGGGGACAGUUUUUCAUAUACUUUGUUCAGAGGUUCUGUUGUCAUGCCGUUAUUAUUUAUAGAUCGUUUGACAUAAUCAGUGUUGUUUUAUGAGAAGUCAUUUUUUGCUAAAAUGUCAAACAUGAGAAGUGAGUCACUGGCAAUUUCGCAGUUGAGUUGCUCACAGGAGUUGGGAAAUAAGCAGAAUGAUUCAGUCAAAAAGAAGGAAAAGAUGAGUUUGUUUUGGAAGCUGCGAAGGAGAUUUCAGUCAAAUUUCAACAGAAAAUCUUUAGAUGAGGAGAGGACGCCUCACAUAGCGAAUUUAAAACCGAAAUCACCUAAUAAAAAGCAGAAACAGACGAAAAAGUGCAGGAUUAAUUUGUGUUCAAAACCGUCUAAUUCCAAUUCCUCUCAAAGUGCUGAAAGUUUGGAUCUUAAUUUGUUGCAAAAGAAACUUGCAGACGAGAACAUGUGGUAUAACAGGGAUAGGAAUGAUGCUUCCUCAAGUGUAGAAAAAGCAAGCUGCAAGUCAAAGGACAUCUCUGUUUUUCAGACAUCCAGUAACAUUUGUUCAUGUGGAUUGUCCACUGAAAACAGAGAUACCCGUAAAAUAACCAACAGGUCUCCUGGUGCCAUUUUAUCAAACCAGUUUCAGAUUCAAGCAGUGUGCCAUGCCAAUGGAACUAGAGGCUCAAAUCCCGCAAUGAGCGUUCACAGUUAUCACACAUCAAUACAUGAAGGUGCUAUUAUCUCGGAAGGGCCUAAAACAUGGAGUCUCACACACGAACUGUUCAGGUUGUCCAACUUCGGUUGGUACUGGGGUCCAAUUACACGUCGAGAAGCAGAGAGAAAAUUAAAUGGACAACCAGAUGGUGCUUUCUUAGUUCGUGACAGUUCGGAUGAACGAUACUUGUUAAGUCUUAGUUUUCGUUCCUAUGGAAAAACUCUUCAUACUCGUAUUGAACAUUGUAAUGGCAAAUUCAUAUUUGAUGCACAGCCGGAUACAGAAGGGUACCCAUCCAUUGUGGACCUUAUUCAAAAUUCAAUGAAUGAUCCUCAGACUGGAAUUUGUAGUUACUCUAGACGUGGCUGCCCGAGUCCCCCUAUUUACCCAGUUAGACUUACAAAACCUGUUUCACGCUUUACACAGGUUAGGUCAUUGCAAUAUUUGUGCAGAUUUGUUAUACGCCAAUACACACGUUACGAUCACAUUCAGCAUUUGCCAUUGCCAAAAAAACUGAAAGGAUGGAUUGGGGAAAAUCAAUAUUAAGUGCAAGUUAAUUGUAUUGAAUUAUUAUGGUAUUAAUGAUGUGCAUUAGAGCGAUAGUUCACGUUGACUCAGAAUUCAUGUAGGAGAAAAGCUUAAUACAUGUGUAUGUGUCAAAUAUAAACCAAUGAUACAAUGCACCAUGCCUUUUUGAACAAAAGUUAACCAAGUGCAAAUGUAAUAGUUUAUUUGAAUAUUUUUUCAUUUUUGAAAAACAGUAUUGAACAUUAUAGGAAUUGCUUCGCUCAGGAUUAAAAAAAUUAAAGAGUUUAGAAUAAUGACACAAUUAAAAAUAAUAAAUAUUGGUCUCUUUUUUAUCUUCAAAG